CACGACCGACAGCGCCCGUCGCCUAUUUGUAUCUCCUGGUGCUCCCAUGCUUUCCCAUUAAUCACACAAUGCUCUUCACGUCGCUCCUCACCACAGCGCUCGCUGCCACCGCUGUCCGCGCGGCUGGUGCCGCCAGCAAUGCGCUCGAACUCAUGAACACGACUGCCGCCGGCAGCCAGAUUACUUGGCCUACCGCGGACACCACUAUCCCCCUCAACGGCACCGUCUACGUGAAAUGGGACUGGAAGGAAGAGUCCUCGCCCAAGCUGAUGGUCCUUCUUACGAACAAGAACACUACUGUCUUCCACGCGGCCGGCCACGCGCCGGACGCGACGACCGGCCUGGGCGGGAAAGGCCUGUACGACACAAAGGAGUCUGUACUCGCCAAUGAAACCAGCGUAAGUUUCGGUCCAAUGAAGCCACCCGGAGACACGGGCAUCAAGGCAGGGCCGGGGUACCGCGUCGUACUCGGCUGGCAGAACAACGGUGCGGACGCACAGACCAAACCCUACAUGUUCCUUGCGUCUCCCGAAUUUACUGUGGGACCGAAGGGCGCGCAGCAACUGCCGGAGGGUGUCAAGCCGUGGGAUGCCAAGCCUGCCAGUGCUGUGCGUGCGAGCGCUCCUGUUGUGAUGGGUGCGGUUGUCGCUAUCGCCAUCGCUGCUAUCGUGUAAUCACAAUAUGUAUGAUAUUGCAGCUGGGAAGUUCUUGCAGGUUGAUCGCCGAACGUAUUCUGCAGUGGAUCGCAGUCCAGACC